UGACAUUUCAGCUUCAGCUUUUAUUUGAGUCUCCAUUUCUGUUCAGCUUGGAACCAACUUUCCCAGUUCAGUCUCUUUAAAUCACUCUGUCUUCAAAUAAUGGCUGUUAGUUCAGAAGCAAAAGCAGAAAUUUCAGUGCCAAGGAUAUGGAAAGAUAUGGAAGAAAAUGCUGCUAGCCAAAGAAGCAAAGCGUGGAUGGAACCCAAGGCAAUGAGAAAAACAGAUCAAAAAGUUCCAGUGAUUUACUAUCUUUCCAGGAAUGGCCAGCUUGAACAUCCUCAUUUCAUGGUGGUUCCUCUCUCUUCUCCUCAAGGACUCUAUCUCAAAGAUGUCAUAAGUAGGUUGGGUUCUCUCAGAGGACAAGGCCUUGCCAACAUGUAUUCCUGGUCUUCAAAGCGGAGCUACAAAAACAGCUUUGUGUGGCAGGACUUAUCCGAGGACGACUUCAUAUAUCCAUGCCAAGGCCAUGAAUACGUCCUCAAAGGAUCACAACUCCUUGAACCUACUUCUUUAAGCUUUAGGUCCUUGGAAAGCACCGGUUCAUCAUUCUCAUCAUCAUCAUCCUCCAUGUUUUCGCGGGAAACAAAAAGUCCGGGCGAGGAACAUCUCACUGCUCCUCCAACCACGAUCACCAGAAGGAAAAAUCAGUCAUGCGGGUCAGUUGAUGACGUCCGUGAGUACCACGUCAACGGGCCUAAAACCUCCAAGAAAGCAGCCAGCGCGUUGAUGCAGCAGGCCGACGAAAGGGCGAGGCAGAGAAGAACAAGCAUGGCUGAGGCUGCAGAGGUGGAUGGUGCUUUUGGUGGGCUGGAGAGUUUGAAAGUGUCAAUGGAAGUUGAUGACCGGUGUGGAAAGGAUUGGACGGCUGAGAAUGCUCGUGAAUGCGGGAGGACAAAGGCCUCAACGGUUCUGAUGCAGCUGAUCAAGUGUGGAUCUAGGAUAAAAGACUGCGAGCCAAUAAAGAGUAAGGAGUAGGGAUGAAAUAUUUGAUAGAAAAUGCUAAUUUGUUUAAGGAGACUUUAGUCAUGGAAGUAAAUUUGUUUCUUGUAAUAGAA